UCUCUGCUGGACUCUACACCACGUUCUCUCCUGCUGCUGCGGCCACCUCCAGCAUGUCUCAGACGGUGUCUCAGGCUCGACCCGCCACGGUGCUAGGCGCUAUGUUGAUGGGGAGCUCCCUGGACCCGGGCGCCAGCGCCGCGGCGGUGCGCGCCUUCCUGGAGCGCGGCCACACAGAGCUGGACACGGCCUUGGUGUACGCCGACGGCCAGUCCGAGAGCAUCCUAGGCGGCCUGGGGCUCGGGCUGGGCGGCCGCGACUGCAGAGUGAAAAUUGCCACCAAGGCCAAUCCAUUGUCUGGGAAGUCCCUGAAGGCUGCCAGUAUCCGGUCCCAGCUGGAGACUUCACUGAAGCGGCUGCAGUGUUCACGAGUGGACCUCUUCUAUCUCCACCUGCCUGACCAUGGCACCCCUGUGGAGGAGACGCUGCAGGCCUGCCACCAGCUGCACCAGGAGGGCAAGUUUGUGGAGCUUGGGCUCUCCAACUAUGCCUCCUGGGAGGUGGCAGAGAUCUGUACCCUCUGCAAGAGCAAUGGCUGGAUUAUGCCCACUGUGUAUCAGGGCAUGUACAACGCCAUUACCCGGCAGGUGGAAACGGAGCUCUUCCCCUGCCUCAGACGCUUUGGACUGAGGUUCUACGCCUACAACCCUUUGGCUGGUGGCCUGCUGACCGGCAAGUACAGCUAUGAGGACAAAGACAGCAAGAAGCCUGAGGGCCGCUUCUUUGGUAACACCUGGGCUGAGAUCUACCGGGACCGCUACUGGAAGGAGGACCACUUCAAGGCCAUCGCCCUGGUGGAGAAGGCCCUUCAGGCUGCCUACGGCCCCAGUGCCCCCAGCAUGACCUCGGCUGCCCUGCGGUGGAUGUACCACCACUCCCAGCUGCAGGCCACUCAUGGGGAUGCGGUCAUCCUGGGCAUAUCCAACCUGAAGCACCUGGAGCAGAACUUGGCAGCCACUGAGCAAGGGCCCCUGGAGCCGGUAGUGGUGGAGGCCUUUGAUCAAGCCUGGAACCUGGUUGCCCACAAGUGUCCCAACUACUUUCGCUAGGUUCCAGCUGUCUGGGACUGGAAAUGGUGGUGUGUCCAAUCUCUCUGAAGGUCAGGCUCUGCCUUGAGCUGACCCAACUUGCUGUAUCCCUGUGGAUUCCCCGCCCCCCCUCCAUUUCCCUGUUGUACCCAGUGGGAGGGGCUGGCUGAGCUCUGCCUCUAGUGAAUAAAGCUGGCUGCAGU